UGUCGCCUAAGGGGUGUCUGCAGCUCACAGAUAGGAAUCCUGCUAGCUCUACGCCAGAACACCACCGCUGGGCGGGGGAAGCGGGGUAAUCACCGCGGUUUCGACGAUGGCGCUAGUGAUGUUAGCUCAAAUCAAGAUUACAUCGGUCCUCGAUUGUACAAGCAGCCGGCGGCUCGUUCCAACCGUUCCAUCAUUUUGAACGCGGUCGAGUAUUGCGUCUUCCCCGGCGUGGUGAAUCGCGAGGCCAAGCAGCGGGUGCUCGAGGAAAUCACACGGUCGGAGAGCAAGAAUUUCCUCGUCUUGUUCCGCGACGGCGGCCUCACCUUCCGCGCCCUCUACUCGUUCAAUCCCGAAAAAGAAGAAAUCAUCAAAAUGUACGGCACUGGAUCGAAAAUGGUCAACGACACCAUGUUCGAAAAAUUCUUCAAAUACAAUUCCGAUGGCAAGUGUUUUUCGCAGGUGCACACCAAACACUUGACUGUCACGAUCGACGCGUUCACGAUCCACGCCGGCCUGUGGCAGGGAAAGAAGCAAAGCCUACCCAACAAAAAGGAUAUGACGUUGGUCAUCUAAAAGCGAACAAAUUCAAAUUCAAAAAUAACAAAAACAAAAAGAAAAAAAAAUCGGGAAUGAGAAAAACAAACAAAUGAAACGAAUCUGCGUGAAUAGCAUUUUUCUUUUUUCUUGAACAAGAUCAACCCGGAAUUCAUCAAUCGUUUUCUUGAGCUGUUCGUAUUGGCCUUUAGUUAUGACACGGACUUUAAAUUGAAAAAAAAAAAGGGGGGAAGAGAUUCACGCAAUCAAAUGACCCAAACAUAAUCAAUCGGCGUUUUUUUUUUUUUCGUCCGUUUUUUCCGUUUGUUUUACAUUGUUUGUUUGAUUUUUUUUUGUUUUCGGCUAACCCCUCUUUGACAUUCCUAUUGGCUAACGUGAUAACCUCGCUGUAUAGGGAUCGCCAGAGUUGAAUUCACCGUCACGUUCGGCAAAAAUAAUGGAUGAAAUAAUGUUUGUUUGUUUCCCCUUAUCCUUUCUCUUACUUUGGUCUUUGCUCCGUUUAAUUUUUUUUUUUUUUAUUGGUCCCCGCUCCAUCUCCCCGCCCCCCUUACUUCAUUAUGACCACUCGAAGAGAUUAACCCGCUUAACCUAGCGAAAUUCAAAAUAAAUAAAAAAAAAAGUCGAUCGUUUUUUUUUUCUCUUUCCAAACUCAAUUUGUUUCAUCCCUUAUUCAGCGCCCUCCUUUUAUCAUAGUGUCACCCUCCAUUUUGUUUUUUUUUGGAAAGUAACUCUCCAAUCGCGCGCUCUCCUAUAACCGCGACUGCUAACUGAUGUGUCAACUGAUUAGUUAUUUUGCCCUCACAAAACCCGCCCUCACAUUUGAUCCAGUGCCGUAAUUUUAAUUUUUUUUUUCUAUUAUUAUUAUUUAAAAAACAAAACAAAGUAGAGCAAAUGGCAAUUGUUUUAUCGAUUUUUUCUUUGCGUGAGUCGUGUAGUGGAAGCUGCACAUUUGAUAAGAGAAAAUGUAACAGCAAAAAAAAAAAUUUAAAACAAUUGAGAGAAAAAAGAAAAUUAAGCGGCUACGCAACGGAAGGUUGGGAUUAAGUUGAGGGACGUGUUUGCUGUCAACUGUAAAUAGCGUUGUGUAGUUGUUAAGCGUUGGCCAGCAAAUCAACCGUCAAAACAUUACAGCUUUGAGCCAUCAUUUUUUGUUUUCUAAGUUCUUAUCUCUUUAUUUUGUCCUAUUUUAUUGUGUUGCAGUUCUUUUUUCUUUUUUUAAAUACCCCUCCCCUCCCCCUAUUUUGUUCUUAAUAUCCUCGCCACUUGUUCGCUCCAACCCCCUUUUUGGCUGUUCCUCCUUCUUUUGUAGUUCACGCAUUUUUUUUUUUUUCUAUUAUUUUUUUAAAACGUCUUUUUCUAACGAACUUACCCCGCCUGCCCGUCACGGGCUUUAUUCUCUACCUUCUCCAUCCAUAUGUGCAGCAGCUGCCAAGUUCAAUACAAUAACCAACAUGGAAAUAG